AUGGGUACCGGCAAGAAGGAGGCGACCCGGCGCGUGCGCCAGGGCAAGACUGGCGAUGGCCUCGGCAACGUCAAGGUCAAGGGCGAAAACUUCUAUCGUGAUGCGAAGAAGAUCAAAGUCUUGAACAUGUACAAGGAUGGAAAAGUCCAAAGAAACGCAGACGGCGAGAUCACAAAGGCCGCCUCGUACCAGUCCCGAGAAAUUCCCAACGCCCGCAUUGAGCCGAAUCGUAAAUGGUUCAACAAUACUCGAGUGGUAUCACAGGACACAUUGAACUCGUUCCGCGAAGCCAUGGCUGAGAAAGCCAAUGACCCAUAUCAAGUUUUGUUGAAGUCCAAUAAGCUGCCUAUGAGCCUUAUCCGAGACGGCCAAGACAAGAAGGGUCUCAAGGAGCACAAGGCCAAAAUGACAGUUGAGAGCUCACCGUUUGCCGACGUGUUUGGUCCGAAAGCGCAACGCAAGCGCGUGAAACUUGGCGUCAGCAGUCUUGAUGACCUUGCAGGUGACACAGAGAAGAGCAUGGACACAUACCACGAUCGACUCGAGCAGGCCAAAUUGCUGAGCGGCACUUCAGGCGACGGAGAACAACUCGAGGACGAUACAAAGUACACCCUAGCGGUCGAGCCAGUGUUCGACAAAGGCCAGAGCAAACGCAUCUGGAACGAGCUUUACAAAGUCAUUGACUCGUCCGACGUCGUCAUACAUGUGCUUGAUGCCCGAGACCCAGUAGGAACCCGAUGCAAAAGCAUAGAGAAGUACCUGAGGGAGGAGGCUCCUCACAAGCACUUAAUUUUCGUACUCAACAAGUGCGAUCUGGUGCCGACCGGUGUAGCAGCUGCUUGGGUCCGCCACUUGUCCAAGGAGUACCCAACUCUGGCGUUUCACGCGAGCAUCACCAACUCUUUCGGUAAAGGAUCGCUAAUCCAAUUGCUGCGCCAAUUUUCCAGUCUUCAUUCGGAACGAAAACAGAUUUCCGUUGGGCUGAUCGGCGGCCCCAACACUGGUAAAUCAUCCAUCAUCAACACUCUUUUGAAGAAGAAGGUUUGCACAGUUGCCCCGAUACCUGGGGAGACGAAGGUAUGGCAAUACGUGAGUCUCAUGAAACGUAUCUACCUCAUUGACUGUCCCGGUGUGGUCCCCCCAUCGACGCAUGAUACGCCUACAGAUCUUGUGCUACGUGGGGUUGCUCGAGUGGAAAAGGUCGAGAAUCCCGAACAGUACAUACCAGCGUUGCUCAAGAAAGUGAAGCACCAUCACAUGGAGCGUACGUAUGAGCUAACGGGCUGGACCAAUGCCUCGGAAUUCCUUGAGCUGCUCGCAAGGAAGGGUGGGCGGCUCCUCCGGGGAGGAGAACCUGACCUUGAUGGUGUUGCAAAAAUGGUACUCAACGACUUCAUGAGGGGCAAAAUUCCAUGGUUCACACCCGCACCCGUCGUGGAGGGUGACGAUGGUCAGGUCGGCGGUCGCAGCGGGCGGCUAGGAGAGAUGCCGAAAAAGCGCAAAUUCUCCGAAAAUGGAGAUGUUGCUGAUACGUCUGCCGACGCACAACUCCAGCUUGAAACCGCACAAGCCGCCGCCAAGCCUGAUGAACAAACGCAAGAUGAUCAUCCCGACAACAUUGACAACGAUGAUGAAUUCGAAGGGUUCGGUAGCGAUACUGAUGCUGCCGGCACACAUCACUCGUUCGGAGCCACGUCUGUAGCCACCGCCGAUCUUGACGGGCAAGACGUUGGGGUCUCUGAGACCUCGGGCAGCGAAGACGGCCGGUCCUCCAGAGGAUCACGGCGGGCGCGAAAAGGUCGAACUACCUAG